AUGGAGUUCCACCGCCAGAUGGUGUUCCGCCACCAGACGGAGUUCCGCCACCAGACAGCCAGGAAGAGACCCAGGAAGACUGAGGAGACUCUGAGCUCACCACGGCAGACGAAAAAACCUAAGGAAGGACUCAAGACUGAGAACGAUCAUAUUAAUUUGAAGGUGGCGGGCCAGGAUGAUUCUGUGGUGCAGUUUAAAACGAAGAAGCAUACACGACUUAGUAAACUAAUGAAAGCUUAUUGUGAACGACAGGAUAGACCUGCACAGUUGAAAAUGGAGGAUGAAGAUAAAAUUGAUGUGUUCCAGCAGCAAACAGGAGGUGUCUUCAAAAAAUAG